CAUCACCGCCUACACCCGAUACACGGAUUAAUAACAUCAUUUGCGUUCCUGCGGCUGAAACAGGUAAUAAGGUGUCAGACAACAAUGUGACUGUGUCUAAUAUAGGUAUAUCGUGUAACCAACAUAAAACGUCUAAUGAAACAUGUUCAAAUAUUACAAUGUUGAAGGUUUUACCAGUGACACUUUCAGGGCCAAAUGGCAGCUAUGAAACCUUCGCGUUUCUCGAUGAUGGCAGUACUGCGACUAUGAUCGAUUGUAAAGUGGCUGCUCGCAUAGGUUUAAUAGGACCUGAAGAGUUCAUAACUGUCAAUGGUAUCAUGGGUUUACAAAAAACUACAAAGGUAAGAUACGUUGACUUUUACAUAAGAGGUAAAUAUGAAUCUGAUAUCCAUUUGGUAAAUCGUGCUAAGGCUGUACAAUCGUUAGGCUUGAACGAACAAACUCUAUCUACAGAGACUAUUGAAUCUUAUGCUCACUUAAAAGACCUAGCCGAAUACUUGACAUAUGCUGACGCUACACCAACCGUACUUAUUGGUGCUGAGCAUUGGCAUCUGUCAAUAUGUCGCGAGGUUUGUGAAGGCAGACGUAACGAGCCCGCCGCUUGUCGCACUUUGCUUGGGUGGACUUUGUAUGGACCAACGAGUAGCAAAACCAAGCCAGUCGAGUUCGUCAACCGUUGUCAGUUAGACCGCACUGAACCUUCUGAAAAUGAACGCCUGGAGUCACUGAUAAAGGAGCAAUACAAACUCGACUCGCUCGGUAUCUCUAAGCGCGAGACUCUAUUUAGCAAGCUAGACUCCCGUGCCGUCGAGAUUCUUGACGCUACCACCACACGCUUACCGACCGGUAGAUAUGAAGUAGGUCUUCCGUGGUGUGACAACAUACGGUGUGUUCCCGAUAGCUACCCACAAGCUUUAACAAGAUUUCUAAGCCUCGAAAGGCGAAUGAUUCGUGAGCCCGCCUUCGCUGACGCGUAUAAAAAGUUUAUUGAUAACAUGAUUGCUAAAAAUUAUGCUGAGGAGUGCAAUUCCGGCACUUAUUACAAUCAUCUUAUCACUAAAAGCGUCAACACCAGCAUUGAUCUCAAACGCGAUACCAAUUUAGGCGAUUAUCCAAAUAAAAUUCACACCUUAUCUGAUAAUUUACAACCUAGUACAGUCAGUCCGAAUAAUGCAGAAACAAAUUUUGACAUUAACCUGUCAAGUCCCUCGUUCCUUCUCGAUCCACCGGAGAAUUGGCCGGUUGAACCAGCUGGUCAGCCUAUAGUCCAGGAAGAGCGGAAGCAGACUUCUGGACUUGUGGUUGGUCAUCUGGAAAUCACCGCGGAUUUCAGUCGUUUUAGUGACUGGCUACGAUUACUUCGUCCUACUGCUCGCGUUUUGCAAGCUGCGUCUAAAUUUCGCUCGGCUUUAGAUCGCGUAGGUUGCGUUGCUCUUAGCACCGAUGUUAGGCGUCGUCAACGUACGAAUACACCUACGUCCACCACUCUAAUCCCCCUGACAGCGGAACUUAUGGAAGCCGCAGAAAGGCACGUACUGAAGAAAGUACAGUCUGAAUCAUUUAGUGACGAAAUCCCAAUAAUAGAACGUGGAGAAUUGAUACCAAAGAGUAGUCGCCUGGCGAAGCUUUCUCCCAGAAUGGGGCCAGACAACUUGUUGCACCUAGCUGGCAGAAUCGUUGCUGUACGAGACGUCGGUUCCGAGAUCAAGUUUCCAAUCAUUCUAGAUGGACGACACCCAGUAGUGCGCUUAUUGGUCAAUUUCUACCAUCGCAAGGCUGGACAUGCAAACAAUGAAAUGGUGGUCAAUGAGGUUCGACAAAAAUAUUGGCUUCUUCAUCUGCGCAGUACUGUUCGAAGCGUCACCAGCAAAUGUUUGUUCUGUCGCAUCAAAAGAGCAAAGCCAAUGAACCCGAUGACCGGUAACUUUCCUCCUCAGCGGCUUGCCCAUCACCGUCGCCCAUUCACGUACACUGGCUUGGGUUAUUUCGGCCCGAUAAAUUCUAAGAUCGGUCGAAGACAAGAGAAACGUUAUGUGGCCCUGUACACCUGCAUGACAUCCAGAGCCGUUCACCUGGAGCUUGUACAUUCCCUUUCUGCUGACUCCGCAAUAAUGAGCCUGCGACGGUUUAUUGCUAGGAGAGGCGCUCCCAAUACUGUAUAUUCUGACAACGGUACAUGUUUUGUUGGUGCAGACCGAAUUUUACGAGAAUUUCAUCAGUACGAGGUCUACGAUUUUGCUGCCAAUAGAGGAAUAAAAUGGAGCUUCAUUCCUGCCGCUGCUCCUUUUUUCGGCGGAUGCUGGGAGAGACUGAUUCGCACCGUCAAAGUUGCGCUGAAUGCCACAUUACGUGAAAGAGAACCUAAUCCCGAAGUCCUAGUAACUCUCCUUCUAGAAGCGGAGGCAAUAGUAAACUCUCGACCUCUGACCCAUGUCCCUGUUGGCCCUGAAGACCAGGAAACCCUAACGCCCUUCCACUUUUUAAUUGGCUCAUCCUCUAACCAGGUUCUGCCCGCAACCCUUGACGACAGAGACCUCUUAAGACGUGCUGACUGGAGGAAGGCGUUGAGACUGGCCGACCACUUUUGGAACCGAUGGGUAAAAGAAAUUCUGCCAACCAUGCAACCUCGCCAGAUAGCGGAGAACAGAGAGCACGACUUGACUAUUGGCGACUUAGUCAUCGUUGUAGACCAGAACCUACCCCGAGGAACCUGGCCACGCGGCCGCGUCGUUGCUACAUUCCCUGGCAGAGACGGAGUGGUCAGGGUGGUGGACGUAGCCACAUCAGGUGGAAUUCUUCGUCGACCUUCUAAAAAAUUGGUCAGAUUAGAGGCAUAA